AUGCCUCGCAGCUACCAACUACACGCAUUUCCAGUCACCAUUUUUGCCCACUUGUUGUUCAUCGCUGUCACCACUCUUGUGUUCAUUUGGCUUCUCAGAUUCCGUGGAGGCUUCGCUUUCAAUUCCCCCAGCAAACCCAAGCUCAUCAAUGUCUUCUACUUCAUCUGUUACAAUCCUACUGUGAUCACUUCUUCUCUGUUUUACAUGUAUGCUUGUUUCUUACAAUCUCUCUCUCUCUCUCUCUCUCUGCAGUUUCAUACUCUCUUGAUGAUGAUCGGCUUUGUUUUAGUCGGAGGAGAAGCAAUAAUAGUGCACAAGGCUUUAGAAGCAAAAAGAAGAUCGUUGAAGGUGGCACACAUGCUGCUGCAUCUGAUAGCUCUAGCAUCUGGAAUUCUUGGAGUUAUUACAGUUUAUAAGGAAGAGGUUCAUCUUCAUUAUCACAUCUACACCUUACACUCUUGGUUCGGCAUGAUUGCCAUCUGCUCUUUUGUACUUGUUGGCGUUCUUCACAUUUUCUUCCCAGGAGCAGAAAUGUCAAGGAGAGCUUCAAUGAAGCCAUGGCACAGGCUCAUGGGGAUGGUCAUAUUUCUGCUGGCAGUGUGCACAGCAGAGACGGGCCUUGUCCAACGCUUCCAGUAUCUGAAACUUGGUCGCAGCCAAGAGGGUCUCGUCCUCAAUUUCUCUGCUCUUUUGCUAUUCCUCUUUGCUGUCACUGUUGGCCUCUCUGUUACUCUCCCCGCAGACUACUGA